AUGAAAGAUAAUAUUAUUCCGCUUUUUGAAGAACAUGAAACUGCAAAACUAUUAAUAGAAGCACUAGAAAGUAAGUAUGGAGUUCGAUCGGACACUCAAAUUCAAUUGCUCUUGGACAAAUAUAACAAUACUCGUAUGAGUGAUAAUGAUAGUGUUGGUGAUUAUGCUAAUCAAAUGGAAUUAAUGGCUAAAGAAUUAUCCAAUGUUGAUCACCCUUUGUCGGACAAGAUGCAAGUAACUACCAUACUUAAUAGUCUUCUAUUAUCUUGGGAUCAUGUUGUCACACCUUUAACUCAUAGCGAACGAGAGAUUUCAAUGGUGACAUUGCCUGUACUCUUAGUGUUGGAAGAAGAAAGAAUGAAGCGAAGACGUAAAGAAGGUUUGUCUUCUAACUUGUUAAUGGCACAGUCUUCGUCCCAACCACAGAAUAAUUUUCACACACCAUUCAACAAGAAAAAGACGACUUCAUUUAAGAGAAAAUGGAAGAAGGGGUUUCAGAAAGGAUGA